AUGAAUAUCCGAAAGACCGGGAAAGGACAGUCGCAAUCGCCUAAUGCCGACACACCGACAUCGACCCCCCAAAGCCAGACAAGCGAUUCGCAAAGUAAACCUCGCCCCCGCACGAGUCGCAACAAAUCUGCCAAUGGGCCAGAGACAAAAGCUAGGAGAGUCCGCACAGGCUGCCUAACAUGCCGUCAAAGACAUCUAAAAUGCGACGAGGCUGUGGGACGAUGCCUCAAUUGUCGAAAAUCGGAUCGCAUCUGUCAGCGCGGCGUCCGCCUCAACUUCAUUGACACCCAGAGCGUAGCGCCUCCUCAUAUUGUCGCUCGACCGCAGGGCUCGAAGGUGACAUUUCGGGACGACUCGCGCUUGAUUGCGGAUUUGUACGUUGGGGGAUCUGAGAUAUAUCCGCCUGUCCAGCCGGAGAGCCCCGUCGAAGAGAACGAUCAGACACAGAAUGGCCUUGAUAUCAUGGGCUCUGAUGAUUUGACAAAUCUCUUCCAAUCGGUUGCAGAGUCGUUCGACCCACUGGACUUUGAAGUCUCACAUCAAACCACAGCGGACUUUGCUGGAACUGAUACUUGGCACCAGUCUCACUUGGUACCAGGGGACGAGCUUCUUCCUCAAGGGACGUCUAACUUUGCGAGGAAGCUCGCUGGGAGACAUCAACAUAAUACUUCCCUCACCGACCCAGAGCAAGUGUUUCUUCUCAGGACUUUCGCCGAGGAAGUCGGUCCUCGAAUGGACCUAAUGGAUGACAUGAACCAUUUUUCCCAGAUUCUUCCAGGCUUUGCCGUUGACGAGCCUCCAUUGCUCAAUGCCUUCCUAGCGUGCGGUGCUAGACAUCGCUCUGUUAUAGACUCUUCUUAUAGUCAUAAGGCGUCAUACUAUUACAGUGAGGCUACCCGGCAACUCUUGACAGCUCUGCACCACCCCUAUCGUGACUCGGUGCUAUGUGCAACAACAGCCCUAGCCCUCGGUUUCUUCGAGACCAUGUCUUCCCACUUGACCCACAGCGGCCAACACAGCACAGGCUCCCGGGCUUUGAUCCGAGAAUGUGGCUGGACUGCCAAGACUCCGGGGCUAGGUGGAGCAUGCUUCAGGAUCAGUGUCAGUGCGGAGCUUUUGGACUGCAUGCGCCAUAACUGGACAUUGGCUUGGGAUCCAGACACCUGGGGUAUAAACAUGCAAAUGUGCCAUGCGCGGGAUACCUACGAGAGCCGGCAGGAUAUAUGGUAUCAUCGAAUCCUUUACGCUUUUGCGAAAGUGGUGGCCUUUCGAGCAUCUUCGCGCCCAUCCCAAGGGUUUGGGGGUGACAACCCAGGCGCAGCUAUAGAGCUCGAAGAGCGAGAAUGGGCAAGCUACAACAGCUGGUGUAUGCAAUGGGCGGAAUCCGUCCCUAGAUCUCUAGUACCACUUGGAUAUCUGUCGCAGUGGCCAACAAAUUCCGAAUUCUUCCCUGAAAUUCUGCUUACCCAGCGAUCUGCAAUUGUGGCUCGAUUGUUCUACUAUGCCGCCCGUAUUCUGCUGGGCAAGACACAUCCUUUAAUGUCAGAAUCCGACAAGGAGAUGCGGAUAAAGCAGCGAAAUUAUGCAUAUGAUAUCUGUGGCCUGAUUGCCCAUACAAAAGACCGAGGUAUUGCCGACAUCGCAGUACGGUUUCUCACGCUCGCUGCAGAAUACAUAGACUUCAAAGAAGCCCAAGUGGAGGUGCUCGGGAUCGUUGAUACCAUCACCAAAGUGUCUGGUAUUAAUUCUGAACCAAUCAAAAACGAACUCAAACAGAUCUGGCAUUGGAGAGAGUCUCCCCCUGGCACGGUGGACCCUGCCCAGAUGCAAAAUGAUCUUUACCCAUCAUAUCCAUACCAAUUUACCGAACAUACGGAGACUUCUCCAAGCCUCAACAAUCCGCUUUUGACUCGGGGAGACUUUGGGUUGGAGGAUCAUCCAUAUCAAGGGUUCUAUGUGCGGCCAUUCCAUGCAUACGGCUCUGUCCAUCAUAUGUGA